AUGCAGCACCAAGUUCAGCAGCAGCAGCAGCAGCAGCAGUUGCUGCUGCAGCAGGCCUUCGGGUCUGAGCUGCCUCCUGACUAUAAGCAGAAGGUUGCUGAUUCUUUGGGGCUGCAUGCAGAUGGUAACUAUCAAGCAACAGUAUGGCUGCAGCAGCAGCAGCGGGAGCAGCACGUGCUGCCUUUGCUGCAGUGGUUGCUGCACCCUUUUGCUGUAUUCCCUCCUUUAUCUAUGAAGUGCAGCACAUUCUCUUUGCUGCAGCAGCAAGAGCAGCAGCAACUGCAGCAGCAAAUGCAGCAGCAGCAGCAGCUAUCCCCAGCAGCACAAGCAGCAGCAGAUGCAUACAGACGGUUCGAUGAGGCAGCAAAGCUUGUUGCGCUGCAGCUGCUGCUGGAUACAGUACAAUCAUCAUGGCGUACUACCCUUAAGGAGCAGCAGCAGCUGCUGCUGCAGCAAGCUGUGCUGCAGCUAAUAGAGCAACCAUCGGGUCUGCUGCAGCAGAUGGAUAUAACCAUGUUACCUCCUGCAGCAGCAGCAGCUGCUGCUGCUGCUGUCACGCAGCACGUGCAUGCACCUACCUUCUCCCUGCUGAUGAAGGCGUCACAGUGUCUAGCAGCAAUGUGCUGCUGCAGCAAAUCAGGUGCAGCAGCAGCAGCAAAUACAAAACAGCUGCUGCUGCAGCUAGGUGCAGCAGCAACGGGAUUCUCUGUUGAUUGUCUUGUACAAAGUGUGCAGCAAAAUGCAGCAGAUCCUCAGUAUCUUGCUUCUCUGCUGCAGCAGCGGCUAGAGCAGCAGCAGCAGCUGCAGCAGCAGCAGCAGCAGCAGCAGCGGGAGCAGGCCUUCGUCUCUGCAUGCCUCUUUCUUGGUCUCCUAUUAGAAAUACUAUUAGAGCUUAAUGAGGAGAACAACACAUUGAUGUGUCGCCUCCAAGGGAAGGAGAGGCGUCAGAUAGUUCAAUCCCUUAUUAAGGAAUUAGGCAGCAGCAGCAGCAGCAACUUGCUGCUGCAGUUGUCCCGCUGCUUGCUGCUGCGCUUCACCUCCGAUCCAGCAGCACUUUGCCGUCUGCAGCCAAUGGCACUUGAUUACGUAGCAGUAGUACUACGGUGUCUCUGCUGCUGGGGUAUAGGAGGAGAAGAGCUAAGAGGAGUAGAGGGUUUGCUGCUGCAUGCAUUUGAUGUACUUAAUGAGAGACUUGUUAAGAAAAAACAAAAAAAACUUGCAAUAGAGGGCGUCAAUGCUGAGACAGUUGCUGCCUUUUGCUGCCUGCUGCUGCAGUCUGUUGCUUCUGUUCUUGCUAUACCUGUAGGAGAUAACGUAGAAGAUGAGCUCUUCUCUGUACAGUUGCUUGUUGCUGGUCUCCUUAAGAACUUCGUAGAGAACUGCGGAGACUAUGUGUUGCGUAACUUCGAUCCUGCCUUAUUAGGCGCUUUAUUAUGCACGGGUAUUCUUCGUGUUGCUACUCAUCCCUCUGUCCGUGUAUCUGGUCUAGGGAUUGCUGCUGCUGCUGCGCUGCUGCGUAAGCUUGCUGCUGCAUCAACAGCUGAGGAUGCAUCUCAGCAGCAGCAGCAGCAGCAACAGCAGCAGCAGCAGAAAGUACCCCAAUGGCUAAAUACAAGAGCAUUAUUAUCUGUUACCUUUGUUAGGUGUCUCCGUGUAGGGGAUCCACAGAUAGUUCGUCUUAUGCAUCCUGCUGCUGUUGCUGCACUAGAUGCUGCUGCUCUCCAUCUAUUAGAUGCAGUAGAGAGAGGAUCUAAAUCAGCAGCAACAGCAGCAAUUGCAGCAUUAGCAGCACGUCGUCAGCAGGUACAACAAGAUAUCCUUACUCAUCAGCAGCAGCAGCAACAGCAGCAGCAACAACAACAGCAGCAGCAGGAUGAACAAGAGCAGCAACGCAUGCACGAGAAGCAGCAAGACAUGCUAUCCCAGCUACGAUCAUUAGAGGCAGCAAUAAAAGCAUUAAAUGUUAUUAAUCCUCUUCCUUUCCCUAAUUGUCAUCAUUGGCUACGUAAUAUUGCCAUGUACGCGAAGGCGGAGGAUGCAGUUGCAAGAGAUUCAUCAGAUAAUUUUCCUGCUCGUUUUGCUGGUCUAAAGUCUUCUGCUCUCUUAGGCCUAACGACACUCAUUGGCCUCUCUCCUGCUGCUGCAGAGGAGACAACAGAAUGGACAGAAGAGAUCUGCAGGCAAUUAUUAUCUUCUUCUUUGCUGCUGCGUCAGGCACAGGUGCAGCGGCUAAAGAGUGCAUGCUUAACAGCAGCAGCAGCGCAGCAAGGUAGUGCAGCAGCAGCAAAUGCUGCUGCUACUGCCUGGCUGCUGCCUCAGCAUGCAGCAGAUUCCCCAUGGCUGCUGCGCCUGUGUCGUGUCUUUGAGGGUUUAGUACGUACCCCUUUAUAUGAUGCAGAUCGUGCUGCUGCAGCAGUAGAAGCAGCAGAUCGUGCUAAAGCAGCAGCAGCAGCAACAGGAGAUGCAGCAGCAGCAGCAGCAGAAUUUAAUAAAAUAGAUCUAUCUAUUCAUGAUUAUUUACUUGAAUCAAGAAGAUUAGAGUUUGUCUCUGGUGCUGCACAUCUUAUUAAAUAUUCUCCUCCUCUUGAUCCUAAACAUGUACUAGAUCUACUCUUCCAACAGUAA